AUGAUGCUCCGUGGGGUCGAAAAGUCGACGCUGGGAGUCGCACUCGUCAAACCGUCGCAGCACCACGCGCGUCUGCCGUCUCUCUCUCGCACGACGGUCGACCUCAUCGCGGCGACCGACGGCUUUGCCGAGGCGCGCAAGGUGGGCGAGGGCGGCUUUGGGCGUGUCUACCGUUGCGACGCGCUGCCGUCGCUUCCGCGCGUCGCUUGCGGGUUCGCCGUCAAGACGGCGCUGGUCGGUGUCGGCGCCCAAGGCCUCGCCGAGCUGCAGAGCGAGGUGCGCACGCUCAGCGCGGCGUGCCACCGCUCCUUGCUCCCUCUCCUCGGCGUCUGCUUGGCGCCGGCGAGAGCGUGCCUCGUCUACCCCCUCUGCCGCGGCGGCAGCCUCGAGGACCGCCUCUACCGCGCUCCAGCCGCGCUGCAGCGGCUCCGCAUGCUCGGCUUCGAGACGCCGCCUCCGCCGCUCUCCGCCGCCGCACGGCUCCGCGUGCUGCGCGACGCCGCGAGAGCGUUGCACUACUUGCACAAGCUCUCGCCCAUGAUCCUGCACCGCGACGUCUCGGCGGGCAACAUCCUGCUCGACGAGUGCGGCAACGGCUACCUCGCCGACGUGGGCCUCGCGCGCGCGGCAGAGGCGACGGCCGGCGGCAGCCAGCAGGUCUCGCACCUGUCGACGCAACGCAUCUUUGGCAAGCCUGGCUACAUGGACUCGAUCAUAACGCACGACGGUCAGGCUUCGCAGCUCACCGAUGGCUUUGCGCUCGGCAUCACGCUGCUCGUCGCCCUGACUGGCCGUGGCGCUCUCGGCUUGCUCAACGCGUGCGACGAUGCGCUGGAGGAGCCCGACACGGCGGAGAGCAUCGCGGCGGCCGACGCGGGCUGGUCGGCGGCGCAGGCCGAGGAGCUGACGCGGCUGGUGGUCGGGCUGGCGUACGAGCGGAAGAAGAAGCGGAUGCCGCUCGCAGACGUGCUGCCGCGGCUCACAGUGUAG